UAUGUAUAUUUACUAAGCUCAUUUUACGUGUUCCAUAUAUCUCCUUAGCAAAGAAAUUUGCUGAAUUGCAUCCAAAGACAGAUGAGAAGAAGGAGAAGAAAGGAAAAGCAGCCAAAGAGGAGAAACCUAAGCAAGAAAAAAAACCAAAACAAGAGAAGAAAGAAAAACCAAAGAAAGAACAGGACGACGAUGAUGAUGAUGAUUUGCCAAAGGAACCAAAGGCUAAAGAUCCCUAUGCUGGUCUUCCAAAGAGCUCAUUUGACAUGGAUGAAUUCAAGCGCACCUACUCAAACAAAGACACGGAGACAGUGGCUAUUCCACACUUCUGGGAACAUUUUAACAAGGAAGACUUUUCUGUGUGGCUGGCUGAGUAUCAGUACAAUGAAGAGCUGAAAAGGGUCUUUAUGGCCUGCAACUUGGUAGGGGGCAUGUUUCAGCGUCUAGAAAAACUGCACAAGACUGCAUUUGCCAGUGUGUGUGUUUUUGGAAAGGAUGGUGAUGUCUCCAUCUCUGGUAUUUGGAUCUGCCGCACACAAGAGCUGGCCUUUAGGCUGAAUGAAGACUGGAACAUUGAUGCGCCUUCGUACAAGUUCACCAAGUUAGACGUGGAUAACCCAGACCAUAAGAAGAUAAUCAAUGAGUACCUGUUAAUGGAAGGAGACUUUGGUGGAAAAACAUUCAACCAAGGAAAAAUCUUUAAAUAGACUCAAAACUGCUGCAAAAUAAACUGCCCCACAGUGGAUUAACUGUG